AUGGAUGAUAUUUACAGGGAAUUGAAAAGAUCAGGCCUUGGAAGUGUAUGUCAAAAUAUAUGCCAUGAUAUUAACAAAGCCACUUUCGACUCUAGAAAAAUAAUAUAUGACUAUACUCAAGACCAAUUCUUUAUUGAGCUGUAUUCUCCUCAGAAGGAGAAAGUAACCUCCUGUGAUGAAGCAUAUCACAACCACCUUCAAAAAAUAAAUGGAGCCUAUGGGAGUGUAUAUAAGGAAUGUAAAAGUAGCACUAAUAAUACCUGCUGUGGCGAAUUUAAGGAAUUAAUUCAAGGAAAAGGAAAUAGUGGAACCUUAAAUUUAACAUGCAAAAAUGUUACGAACCCAGGUUUUUCUGGUACUGGUUCUACAGGAACUUGGAAUCCAGGUUCUUCUGGUUCCGGUUCUACGGGAACCUGGAACCCCGGUUCUUCUGGUACCGGUUCUACGGGAACUUGGAACCCAGGUUCUUCUGGUACCGGUUCCACCGGAAACCAGAACACUGGUAGUCCAAGACCAGAUUCUACAGCUUCCCAAGCUGAUGGAAGUGCUGUGGUACCUGCUGCUGUGUCUGGUGGACUUGCUGCAGUAGCAUUACCAACAUUGGCAUAUUUUUUUUACAAGUAUAAAUCGCACCUUUUCUUCCUCUCCUUCCUUAAGGGGAAUAACUCCUCUGCAAAUGGAAGAAGCAGAAGUAAAAGGUCCCUUAGAUGUGAAUUGAACAGGUUCUCAAACCACUACGACGACUCAACAACGGAAUAUUCGUCCGAAUAUUCUAUUCCAUAUACCUCAUCAUCAUCCAGAUGA